GGGCACUGAAACAUUGCGCAAAACUUGUAGAAGCCGAGAGGAAAGGCAGCUUGGAGACGAUGGCGGAGGAGAGACCAAAAGCAGCUUGAAGACGAUCGCUCAUUUUUAACAGUUUCGUUGAAAGUCUAGCGGUGAGCAUUCGUUACACAGAAGAAGCACAAAACUCAAGGCAGCGUAAAAGAUGACUGUUAUCCUGGGCAUGCCAGGGCAAUGGGCUGGUGAUAAUCUUGAACCAUCUGAUCAUUAUACAACGAAAAUUGGUGGAUUGCCUGACUGGCCUCUUCCAAAGGAGGACAUAAGGCCCAGUUUGCUUGAUUGUAGUGUGUGUGGCGGUAGACUCAGUCUUAUUGCACAGGUUUAUGCUCCAAUUUCAACUGAAAUUUUGACUAUUGAAGAGCGCGUUCUUUUCAUUUUUGGUUGUCUAAAGCCAAACUGUGGAAGCUCUCCCUUUAGCUGGCGAGCUAUUCGUGUUCAGAAAUUGCAUACUGAGAAUGAGUCGCAUGUUAAUCCUCAAGAAAAAGUGGUCCCUAAAACCACAUCUUCUGUAGCAGUUUCGAUGAAUGACUGGUGGGGUGAUUCGGACAACAGCGAUGAGGACAUUGAUUUGGAGGCUUUGGGUAAAGCACUUUCAGAAGCUGGAAGCUUGGCUUCACAGUCAAAGAAACCACAUGGCAAUGUGAAAUCUCCACUUUUAAGGGCAAAAACAACAGUGGUUGACACCUCAGUGUUGCCAUGCUUUUACAUUUACACUGAGGAAGAACCAUCAUCGAGUCAUGUAACUUCUAUAUGCUCAAGUUACUCCUCACUUUCCAUUAAGGGAAAAAGUGACAUUGAGAAUGAAAGUGAUCUUGCACUAGAAGAAAUCUGGGAACAGGAGCAUUACGAAUAUGAUAAAGCAUUGACGGCUGACAGGACUUACCUCAAGUUCAAGAAGCAGUUGGAUUCAAAACCAGAGCAAUGUUUCAGAUACUUGUUUGGUGGGAACCCACUUCUUGCUGCAGUGGAGAUAGGAGACCCUGGGAGGUGUAGGCUUUGUGGCGGUGUAAGACAUUUUGAGAUGCAGCUGAUGCCCCCAUUAAUUUAUUUUCUACAAGAAGCAACUCAUGCUCCCCAAAUACAUUCAAUGGAGAACUGGAACUGGAUGACACUCAUUGUGUAUACUUGUUCUGAGAGUUGUUCCGUUCUGCGUGAUGGAGAUAAGUCCAACAAUGGGGACUGGGUAGUGGCUGAGGAGGCUAUUGUUGUUCAAACUGAGGAACCCUUGUCUAACUCAGAUCAGUGCGGCUAUUUCAAAUGAUUGCGGCAUUACUUUUUCGAGAACAAACAAUCUGGUAUGCAUCUCAACAGCUGCAGAUUACUUGUGCAUGUCGUGGCGACAGAUCACAUAUGCACAUUGUUAUACUAUCUGUACUAGAUUCAUAUUCAAACCAAAUGAGCUCGAAUAGUAAAUUAACUAUGGAGAGGUUUUUCUUUUUUUUUUUUUUGCCCCAUCUGAGAUGGGUAAAGACAGCCCGAUAGACCUUUGUUUCCUUUUGAAACUUGCAGAUGUGCAUGCUCUAGCAAUGUAUGGAGUCAUCAAUUCGAGUAGACAUGGAUCAUUGACCA